AUGUCGGCGAAGACGGUGCAAGGCCCUGGCGGCAAGAAGCCUGCCUCGGCGGCGACCAACUUGAUCGCUGGCGGCGGUGCGGGUAUGAUGGAGGCGCUGGUGUGCCAUCCCCUCGACACCAUCAAAGUGCGAAUGCAGCUCUCCAAGCGGCGCUACGAGAAGGGGCAGAAGAGGAGAGGUUUCCUCAAGACGGGUAUGGAAAUCGCGCGGAAAGAAACACCAUUGGGCUUGUACAAAGGACUCGGCGCCGUGCUCACGGGCAUCGUGCCCAAGAUGGCCAUCCGCUUUACGAGCUACGAAUGGUACAAGCAGCUAUUGGCGUCGGAAGAUGGAAAGGUGUCGGGAGCGGCCAACUUCACGGCCGGCUUGUUCGCCGGUGUUACGGAAGCGGUGGCGGUAGUGACGCCAAUGGAGGUGGUCAAGAUCCGGUUACAAGCGCAGCAGCACAGCAUGUCCGACCCGCUCGACGUGCCCAAGUAUCGCAACGCCGCCCACGCCUGCUACACCGUCCUCAAAGAGGAGGGAGUCUCCGCGCUCUACCGCGGUGUCUCGCUCACUGCGCUCCGACAAGGCACCAAUCAAGCCGCCAACUUCACCGCCUAUACCGAACUAAAGGACAUUCUGCAGAAGCGGCAGGAUGACCCCACUGCGCCCCUCCCCUCAUGGAAGACGUCGCUCAUCGGCCUCAUCUCCGGCGCCGUCGGCCCCUUCUCCAACGCGCCCAUCGACACCAUUAAGACGCGUCUGCAACGCAUGCCCGCCGAAGCGGGCUCCACGGCUUUAGGCCGCAUCAUGCUCAUUGCCAACCAAAUGUGGAAGACGGAGGGCAUCCGCGCGUUCUGGAUGGGCAUCACACCCCGUGUGAUGCGAGUCGCGCCCGGGCAAGCGGUGACGUUUGCCGUCUACGAGUACUUGAAGGGCGUGCUGGAGAAAGGGCGAGAGAUGCUUCCCGGCAAUGAGUAUCAAGAAUAG